AUUUCCCGCUCUCUUUUCUUAGGGCACUUUUAUCGCUCUCUCGAGAGAGAGACUCCACUUCCACGGAUACGAUUGCCAUCUCCGCCGCGUAAUCGCCACUAGACCCGAUACUAGCCGCGUUUCAAGUUUAAGACAUCCAAUGUCUGGGGAAUUAGCAGUUGGUGAAAGUGUCUCAUUCGCUGAACACGAGAUUCUGAAAAGAAAGCACGAGACUUUGUUGAGAGACCAUGAAACCACAAUCUUAGCAAUCGAGCUUCUCGAGAAGAAGCUGAGUGAGGCAGUGCUGCCUAAGAAAGAGGAUGAGUAUUGGGAGAAGAAGUAUCUCGAACUGCAGAAGAACCUAGAGACCGUCGAAAAGGAUAUCCAAGACUUGAUGUCUUCUGAAGUAACCGGUGAGGAUUCAGGGACUGCUGCAACACUUGGAGAGGAUCGUAAAGUUGUGAUUGAGAUCAGUGAUGAUGAUGAAGGGAACGGAAGCGAGAGCAGUGGAGGACGGAGUGAUUCUGAGAACCAAGAAAAGUUAUCCUUUUAUAUCUGAUCAAGAACUUGAAGGAGAUGGAGAAGUAGAGAGUAAAAAGUAGUAAAGUUGGUUGUUUAGUAAAUGACUAUGAAUCUUAUCUUUGAUGUGUUGGUGUUGUUUAUGGUUUUCAGAAAGGUAGUUUGUAUGUUAAGUGGAUUUAGCCUAACAAAAAGGUAGCAACAGAAGCAGCUUCUAUCCUCAAAAGUAUUUUCAGACUGUUCAAGUUGUAAGUAGUUAAAACAUGAGAUGCUAUCAAGAAGCUUGUUUAUGCUAUUUUUUUAAUC